AUGGAUGAUGAAAUAUUACGACGCCGUUUGAGAGAAAAGAUAAAAAAUCCACGGGUGAGGCGUAUGCUGAAUUUGGAUAACAUUAUCGUUGAAAAAGAUAAUCGACAAGAUAACAAGUCUACAGAUUCACCUGCAUCAAGACCUGGAUUAAAUGAGAAAGAUUAUAACAGUACAGAUAAUCGACAAGAUAACAAGUCUACAGAUUCUCCUGCAUCAAGACCUGGAUUGAAUGAGAAAGAUUACAGUACAGGUUCACCAACUCGAGACAUAUCAAAACGGAGUGACGGAGAUGAAUUAUUUACCGGAACGCCACUAAAACGACGUCGCCAGGAUAUUGUACAGCAACAUGAAGAUGACGUGUAUGAAGACUUAGAAGAGCCAUUUUCCCCCGUUGUGUCUGUAUACAAUCCAACGUCAACGUCUGAUUCUUCCGAUUCUGAUGAAAGCAUUGAACUAAACACCAGAAAAAGAGGGCCAUAUAGAAAAAUGGGUCUAGCAGCAUCAAUUUGUCAAACCGCAAUUGAAUACGAAAACGUGUGGGAAGAAAAUGAGGGCGACUUAUCAAAGAGCCCUUUACUUUCAGAUAAUAAUAACACUGCACAACAGCAUUUCUGA